AUGGGCACUCCCGGUGGUCCCGUUCUCGCCCAGCACCCGGGAAUCGUAUGCGAUGGAUGUGACAGGGGGCUGGUAGGCCCCCGAUAUAAAUGCGUACAAUGCGCAGACUACGACUUGUGCGCAAUCUGCGAAGGUGAACUCUCUGAACAAAAAUUCCACGAUACCAGCCACAUCUUCGUCAAGAUUAGGAAUUCCUCGGGCCCGGAUUUUCCAGGGGUGGUCCUCGCGGGGCCGAUAACACACCCGGCACAUCCACCACCCUGGGACAGUCCAAGAGUAGAUCUACCGGCCGCGAUCAACAGCUUCGGCUUCAACUUGCACAAGGCCCUGGAUGGGUAUACUAUCUGCCCCGUAAACGUCUUCUCCGCACUGCUCAUGGUGGCGAACGGCGCGGGUGGUGACACCCUAGCUGCGAUCCUGAGAGCUCUGAAUUUACCACUAGUCCGUGCCGAUGAGAUUACCGGCCUGGACGCGCAAUAUGCACAGCUGGAGGCCCGCAUCUUUGGGGGGGCGGGCGGGGAGGGGAUGGAUAUCAAGACUGCCAGCUCGAUAUGGUACCACCGAAACCUCCAGCCCCUCCCGCAAUUUGUGGAGAAAAUGAGGGCGUAUUUCAACAGUUCCUCGGGGCCCAUAAAUGCCGUAGGGAUCAACGAGUUCAUCCGCGCCAGGACUCUCGGUAGGGUUACCACGAACUACAGCCCCACAUCUUUCAAGGACUCCACGCUCGUGCUCAUUGCAUGCUUCUUCCUCAAAGCAGCUUGGGAGAUCCCCUUUUUGAGGGCCGACUCUCCGAGUUCGCGCUUCAGGCACUUCUCGGGAGGGUACGAGCAAUACACGUCCAUGCACCAAACAGCGCACUUUGACUACUUGGAGGGCGAAGCCGUUCAGGUUGUCUUUCUGAACUACAAAGCCCCAACAGGAAAGUCACACACACCUUGUCAAUGGACCGCAGCGGUACUCCUCCCCAAGUCACCAACUAGAGCCGCCCUGCAAGUGGUCCUAGGGUCCCUCACUUCCGACUCUUGGGCACAACUACGUAACGAUGUGCGCAAGUCGAAAGUCCAUUUGUCCCUCCCGCGCUUCGAAAUCUGCGAGAAUAUCGACCUUGCCGAGGCAUUGACGCGCAAGGCCUCCCCCGUCGAUAUCUGCCCUGCGUUCACCAACGCUGCCGAGUUCCCUAGGAUUAGCGGUACGCCUACAAAGGUGUCCGGCGUGGAGCAUAUGACGCUUUUGAAGGUCGACGAGUUGGGGUCUGAGGUUGCGGCGGCGACGGUCGUCAAGACGACGUUUGGAGCAGCGCAGGGGGAGGUUCAUGAGAUGGUGGUGGACAGGCCGUUUUUGUUCCUGGUUUUUGAGAGGGGUUCGGGAUUGGUGGUUUGCUCUAGUCUUGUGGAGAGCUUGCGGGGGCCAGAUAUAUAA